AUGGGCGAACGGACUUGGAUCAACAACGAGCCUCAGCAGACGUUUGCAAGCACGCAAACUGUGUCUGUCACACUUACAAAUCCUAUUGAUGUGAUCAAGACACGAAUGCAGCUGGAAAAUGAAUUAGGUUCCCAACAUGAGAGCAGAAACAUAUUUCAUAAUCGCUAUUAUCGUGGUUUGAUAAGAGGAGCAGUAAGGAUUGCUCAAGAAGAAGGAUUACGUGGUCUUUACAAAGGCAUCACCCCCUCACUGAUGAGAGAGGCAACUUACAGCACAUUGAGACUGGGUUUGUAUGAACCUCUUAAAGAGUGGUUUGGAGCGACAGACCCGGCCCACACACCUCUCUGGAAAAAGCUCUGUUCAGGAGCAAUUGCUGGAGCUAUUGGAAGUGCAAUAGCAUGUCCGACUGACGUUAUAAAGAUUCGCUUGAUGUCAUUACCCUCGGGUAAUCAGUGGGAGUACAGGCACACGCUUCAUGCAUUCCAGGCUAUUGUGUCAAACGAAGGAAUUCGUGGACUUUGGACGGGCGUUAGUGCUACCGUGAAACGUUCUGCACUUGUGUCAGCUACAGCGGUGUCAUCAUAUGACCACGCUAAGCACACAAUAUUAAAUGCCGAACUACUAAGUGAAGGGCCUGUUCUACAUAUUGUAGCGUCCUCUAUAGCAGGCUUUGUUACAAACUGCGUCACAUCGCCUAUAGACAUGGUUCGUACGAGGUACAUGAACCAGAAAAAAGACCACAACAAGAAACCCGUACUGUAUAGAGGAACAAUCGAUUGUAUUGUGAAGACCGUUCGCAAAGAAGGACUCUUUGGGCUUUACAAAGGGUUUAUACCGAACUGGACAAGAACUGGUACGCAUACGGUGGUGACAUUCUUUGUUUUUGAACAAUUGAGAGCUUUUGUGGGUAUGAAGCCAAUUUAAACUCAAGAUUCAAUCUGUGUUUGAAAAAUACGAUCACUUUAGUCUACCUGAGUAGAGAAACCUUGUUUAAGAAAUCAAAUGGUAAACAUUUUCCGUGUUUCUUUCGAGUUUUUGUAGAAUUCUACUGUCUGAUGGUCUAAUGCAAAUGCUACAAUCUGAUUGGCUGAGCUGUCAUCCACAUACUAUUGACGUGUUCCAAUGUUUCGGUGGAAGAUUUCGAAAUACUAUUUGAUAACGCAGUUCCCAAGAAGACUAAAGGAAAUUGCUGUAAAGCCUCAAAAUUGUUCAAUGAACUGUUAUGAGAGCGUGUAAGCAGCUAUACAAUCCGCGCGCGAUUUUGCAAAAGUUCGGUCACAGUAUUUGUGUUAUUUUGGUCACGUACAAAAUUACCUUUAAAUUGAAGAAAACCUGAAAAUAGUAGAUUUAC